AUGUAUGACAGCAUUGAUGGGCAUGAUAUUGAGGGAGCAGUUGAUGGUUAUGAUGUUGAUAGUUAUGAUGGUGAUGUUGAUUGGGGCAAUGUUGAGAGUUGUUAUGUUGAAGGAAGUGGUAUGGAUAGUAAUGUUAUUGAUGAGAAUAAUGUUGGUGGGAAUGCUGUUGAUGGGGUUGAUGGCAAUGAAGAUGAUAUGGGAGGUGGUAAUGGUAAUGCUGCUGAUGUGGUUUAUGGACCUGCUGUUGAUGGGGUUGAUGUUAGUGGUUAUGAUGAUGAUGUGGUUGAUGGCAAUAAUGUUGAUGGUGGAGAUGUUAAUCGUUAUGAUGAUGAUGUGGUUGAUGGCAAUAAUGUUGAUGGGGGAGAUGUUAGUGGUUAUGAUGAUGAUGUGGUUGAUGGCAAUAAUGUUGACGAGGGAGGUGUUAAUGGUUAUGAAGCUGAUGUGGUUCAUGGCAAUGAUGUUGACGAGGAAGGUGUUUAUUGUUAUGAUGCUGAUGUGGUUGAUGGAAAUGAUGUUGAUGGGGGAGAUGUUAAUAGUUAUGAUGCAGAUGUGGUUGAUGGAAAUGAUGUUGACGAGGGAGGUGUUAAUGGUUAUGAUGCUGAUGUGGUUGAUGGAAAUGAUGUUGAAGGGGGAGAUGUUAAUGGUUACUAG